AUGGCUGCUGAGUCGAACCAGAGUUCCAGCGAGACCCAAUCGGUCUCUUCUCAGGGAGGUGACAAAGGUCUCCCUCAAGGCAUCCCUCGUGAUGACGAAAAGAUUCCCACCCUUGACGAAAAAGGCACCAAGGACGAACAUGUCUACAUCGCGGAUACCCUCCCUCUUCCUCGCCAGAUUCCCUUCAUCCUGACCAUCUGCUCGGCCAUGUACACGAACCAGCUCGGGCUGGGCCAAACCAUGGACAUCGUUCGGGUGAUUGGCGACUGGUACGGCAUCACCAACAGCAACGAACUGUCGUGGCUGGUGGCCGGCUACAGCUUGACGAUCGGCACUUUCGUCCUGCUUGCCGGCCGGCUGGGCGACGACUUCGGACACAAGCGGAUGUUCAUUCUCGGCAUGGGCUGGUACGCGCUGUGGACGCUCGUCUGCGGGCUGGCCGUCUACUCCACGCAGGUGCUCUUCAUCUUCGCCCGGGUCUUCCAGGGCAUGGGCCCGGCCGUGACGCUGCCCAACGCGAUCGCCAUCCUCGGCCAGUCGUACGCCCCCGGCCCGCGCAAGAACAUGGCCUUUGCGUUCUUCGGCGGCAGCGCGCCCUUUGGCGCCAUCUCCGGCUUCGCCACGGGCGGCCUCUUUGCGCUGGCCUGGUGGCCGUGGGCGUACUGGAGCGCCGCCAUCGCCCUCGCCGGUCUGGCCGUGCUCGCCGUCUGGUCCAUCCCCCCGCAGCCGCUGAGCGCGACGUCCCAGACCCUAACGUUCCGCCAGAAGAUUGCCCACCUGGACCUUCCGGGCUGCUUUACCGGCGUGGCCGCGCUCGUCCUGAUCAAUUUCGCCUGGAACCAGGCCGCCGGCGUCGGAUGGCAGGAACCGUACGUCUACGUGUGCCUCAUCCUGGGGUUCCUGUUCGCGGCCGCCUUCUUCUGGGUCGAGCUGCACUGGUCUACGGAUCCCAUCCUGCCCCUGGCGGCCUUCAACUCGGACAUUGCCUUCGUGCUGGGCUGCACCGCCUGCGGCUGGGCGACCUUUGGGAUCUGGGUGUACUACGCCGCCGUCUUCGUCAUGGAGCUGAACAAAGUCAGCCCGCUGCUGCUCGCCGCCUGGUACAGCCCCGUGAUCCCCUCGGGGCUCGGCUCGGCGCUCGCGGUGGGCAAGCUGCUCGGCCGCGUCUCGGCCGCAUGGGUCAUGGUCAUCGGCAUGGUCGCGUACCUGAUCGGGUCCAUCCUCAUCGCCACCAUGCCGACGCACCAGAUCUACUGGGGCAAUUUCUUCUGGAGCGUGCUGAUCAUCUGCGUCGGCAUGGACUCGUCCUUCCCCGCCGCGACCAUCAUCUUCUCCGACGCCGUGCCGCCCAAGUACCAGGGCAUCGGCGCCAGUGUGGUCAUGACCAUCGUGAACUACAGUAUCUCGCUGGGGCUGGGCUUUGCCGGGACGGUGGAGCGGGAGGUCAAUAAUGGGGGCCACACCUACGACGACAAGAAGAAGGGGUAUCGGGGUGCGUUCUACUUCGAGCUGGGCUUGGCCGGGUUGGGCCUGGUGAUGAGUCUGGCCUUUUUGGUCAAGGAUCACUUCCGCAAGAAGGCCAAGAAGGCGGCUGCUGACCAGAGUGCUUAA